CUACCAAGGUUUUCAGCUGUGUGACGCAGACGCCAUUUCUCAGCAUCAAGUUGUGACUGAAACACUGAGUGUUUGGUUUGUCAUUGCAUAUUUUUCUUACUCUCUUUGGCAACCAAACACCAGGUUACUUAAUUUCAAGCCACCGUGAUGGAUUCUGCAGGCGGUGAGACAUUGACAGAGACUGCAAAAAAAGAAGUGUUUACCGACAACAAAAGCAGUGGCCGUGGUUUUAAAGGUCACGGCCGUGGUGGACACAUAUCACGAGGAGUUAUGCAUGGUCGCAGGGGAAUGAUGAUGAAAGGAUUUGGUCCACCUGGACCGGGAAUGGACCCUGGCAUGGAUGGAUUUAUGAAUGGAUUUGUACCCCCGAUGAGAGGGAUGGGAAGAAUGCGACCAUAUCCAGAUCCUAGAUGUCGAGGUAGAGGUGGACUUAUGGGCAUGGGUCCUCCUCCUCCUCCGCCCCCUCCUCCACCUCAUCAUCAUCACCACCCCAGACUACCACCUCCCAUGCACAUGCGAGGGGGUCCCUUCCCACCGAUGCCUAGGCCUGGCCUCCCUCCUCCUCUCCCUCCUCCUUUCAGAGGUCACCCAGGGUUCAGAGGGCCUCCACCUCACCCGAGAGGCAGAGGCAUGCCACCUCCUGGUCCCCCACGACACUUCCACCCAAUGGGUCCAAGAGGCUACCACAAUGGACCGGUCACUCCUCCGCCACACCCCCCACUUGGCCGAGGCCAAAGGUGGCCAGGCCCCCCUGGUGGCCGACGCUUUUAAAACAGCCAACUCAUUAAAUUAAAUAACAACCAAACCAUUGUUGAUAAUGAAGAGGCUUAAAAUAUGCCGGUUGUUUUUUUUUAUAAAAGGUGUUGAUCUUGUCAACUUGCUAAGACCUUUUGUGCAAAUACGCAAAAGCCUCACAGUUUAGCAAUGUAAAGAUAUUCUAACUGUAACUCGAAGCGACUUUGUUAGCUAGAACGGUUGUCCACAGUUUGUUAAAAGACUGAAACACUCGAAGGGAGGAAACCUGAGCUGUUCUGUGAUUUGUCUUAUAGUCAACCUUCGGCUUUGAGAGUCUUUUAAUGCCGCUCCAAUAUAAAAUAGACACUUGUUUAUUCCACUCUGGCCUUUUGGGACGUGACAAAUCCACACUACUAUGGUUUCAUUUACUGUACAGUACACUGUCUCUAAAAUAUCAAAUCUGGCCCUGGUUCAAAAUGAAAGCUUAGCAGUGUGUAUUUUAAUCACAGUAGAUGUAAUUUACACAUUUAAAGGUCCAAUUGUCAAGUUCUUUUAAGAAACCAUAUCAGAAUUGUGCAGCUAUUUUAAGUCAUUGCUGUAUUCUUGUUUGUCUUCAGCAGUCUAUUUAUGUAAAUAUAAAAAGUAAACGGUUUUUCAAAUAGUACAUAGAUUUUUGUCUUUUUUUUUUAAUGAAAUGGAAGUAAAUUCCACUGUGGACUGGAGGUCUGUGUGUCACGAUUACUUUAUUCACUGUUAACUUUUGUGAACUUGUGAAUGUGUUUGAUAAGAGAGACGUGACGUAGUCGUGAACAAACGCAAAAUAAAUCCUCAAACAAACUCUCAAACUUCUCCUUUUUGGUUUAUUUCUUAAGAUUUACCUUAUGUCGAUCGACACUCCAUGUUUCCGAUGUAAGCAUUUGAUAUUUGGAGGAUUUUUUUAGUCAAUGACCAUAAACUCUCUGUAGACUGACUGAUGGAUAAUGUACUAGUCUAGUAAUAGCUGCACUGCGGAUCUUUGAUUCUUAUACUUUUGUAAAAAUGGGCCUCAAAUGAUUUUUGUUUAAAUUCAGUGGUAGCAUGUUUAAAAGGAGGAUAAACACUCUGAUAUGAUUUACAUAUUUUACACAGUGAUUAGUUUUUUCAGAUGAUUCGUGACUGUGUCUGGAAACCAUGGCUUCUGACGUUUGUAAAGAGGAAUUCAAAUACUUUACACAUUAUACUCCCCAUUAAAUCAUGAAUCUUGGCGAUGUAACAGAGCACUUUUUGAUACUAGUUCUUUCAUAUUCAUAAACAAUAUCUAAAAUCAUCUCUUAUUAUUUGGCAGCCUUUAACAAUCUUUUAAAUGUCAAGAUCAUAAUAGUGAACAUGCACUCGAUUUUCUUGGGCAGUAAAAUUCCUGACUCAUUGCAGCUGAGUCGCUUCUGUCUUGAUUCAUCACUUGAGCUGUUUGUACAUUUUGCUGCCUCUUCAGUCGCUUCCUGUCUGUCCUUGUAUAUGGUCACACAUGUUGUUGUCUCCUGAAGGGGGGCACACAGUACAGUUAACCUCCCCGGCCUGAAGAACACGGGCCUCCCCUCAGAUCUCUCCCCUCUUCCACUCGCAGCCUGACACCUGAAGUCCAGUGGGCCUCUGAAUCAUGUGAGUAUUGUUUUGUGUACUCAUCAGCGUGAAUUCAUACAUUUAUUGGAGGAGAACUUUUAAAAGGAGGUUCACACUUUGGAACUGAUACCAUGGCUGCCUCACAAAGAGGUGGUCAGCUGUCGAAAAAAUCUUUCUUUUUCUGUCCUCCAUAUUUGGUAUUUAAUUUUUAGUUUUGUGUAGCUAAGCGACACCAUGUGUGUAUCUUCUAAAUUUUUAUGGAAAAGGAAUCAUUGAUGACAAUCGCAUCUAUUAGCAAAUUUUGUUUAUCAUUUAAAUCAUUUGUGCAUUCAUUGAACAAUGGGCAAUCCUCAAAGGUUUUUUAUCAAAAUAUUAAUAUAUUAGAUUCAAUUUUACUUUUUUAAAUUUGGUUUUUAGCCAUUGUAUAAUGUACUAAAAUAGGUAUGGUACGCACAUGGAAUAUUCAUUCAUAGUGGUCAGAUGUAAGUACCAUCUGGUGGACAACUGCAUUUAACAUGUGCGGACAUGCAGUGUUCCUACGGUGAAGUGUGACUUGUCUUUUUAAAGAAAAAGAACAUACUUUAAUAAAUAUGUAUUUAUUAUAUAUUGUCAUUGACCGCUUAAUAUAUGGCGUAAAUGUGUAUAUUAGUAAGGUUUCCGAUUUUAUUUUCCCGAAACCACAGGCCUCACACAAGUCUAUUCACAUCACUUUGAAUUUAGUUAUAUAAUGAUGCUGAAAUAUUUCAGAAUUGCUAAACCAAUUGACCUAUUUAGACUUCCACACUUAUACUAUUAAGUGUAUUCUAGUUUUCCAACGCUUGAUAUGUUAGAAUUGACAUGAGUUUUUAAAAUCAAGUGCUCAUUAAUUCUAACUUGUAUCUUAACUAGAGUAAUACCUUUAUAUGGUAACACGACUUUGAAUGUCUUGCUUCCGAUGCUUCACAGGUUUUUUUGUAUAUCAAUAAAUUGAAUUUUAAAAUACCUUGCUGUAAUGUGUUCUUUUCAAAUUGAAAUUGAAGAAUCACAGUGUUAAGAGUGUGUAGUUUAUUUUUGAAAUUCAACACGCAACAUAGUUUUCACUGGCUGGGCUUGUCCUCCAUGUCUUCCUUCCAUAUGGGCUUGAGAAUGUGAUCUGGAAUCUUCUCCAUGCUGGUCUGGAAAAGUGGAAGAAGGUCAUGAACUGUCCUGGCUGAAUGUUUUAAUCACAUCAACGCCUCACCUUUGUCACCUGCAUGGCCACACCUUCAGGCAGGUUCCUCUGGAUGUACUCCAGGUACACCCUUGCAGUGGAGCCCGUCAGAUGAAGCAGCUGGAGACAAAAAAAAAAAUUGUACUUCAGUAUCUCUAUGCACAAAUAAACGCUCUACUAAGGUUGGCAGACAGGGGAUAAUAACUCAAUUCUGAACACUGCAUGUUGUGUCUUUAGAACCACUUAUUUGCUCAGCAGAAGUACUCCAGUAGAUAUCAAGCUUACUUCAAUGCAUCGAUAAUGGGUCCUCAUUUCGUACUGAACCCGGUGCUUUUUGAAGAUGUGAACUGAUUUGAGAAGUGUUAGUCUUUCUAUGUCCUUAGGAGGUUCAAAUCUGAGGGGGGAACAGACAAAAUGUCAAUAUACAAUG